AUGGCGUUGGAGGUGCAACCACCCAGCGAUCGCAAGCGGGUGAAGGUCUAUGAACUCAGAGAUAAUGACUGGUUCGAUCGAGGUACCGGCUUCUGCACCGGCCAGAUUCUGGAUGAUGAGCCGCGGAUAUUCGUCGAGUCGGAAGAUGAGCCCAACCGGGUGCUGCUGGAGACUAAAAUCUCCAAGGAUGACGGAUACCAGAAGCAACAAGAGACAUUGAUCGUAUGGACAGAGCCCAAUGGAACGGAUAUGGCGCUUAGUUUUCAGGAAGCUGAAGGGUGCGCGGUCAUCUGGGAUUUUGUCAACAACGUGCAGCAGCAUCUGCUCAGUCUGGCACCGGGAGAAGAUGCUUUGUCCGACGAGAUCGAAAGCUACCAGUCGAUCAUGCUGCCCGCGCCCGAGCUAGGGAACCUCCCCGAAAUCGACCACAUUAUGAGAACCUCGAGCAUCACGCAAGCCGGUCGCGAUGCGCUAUCGAAGCUAGUUAUUCGGGAUGAGUAUAUUCCGAAACUGAUUCCUUUGGUUUCGAUGGCCGAAGACCUCGAAAGUCUUCCGGAUUUGCAUCGCCUGUGCAACAUCAUGAAAUCGCUGAUUCUCCUCAACGACAACACGAUCAUUGAAACGGUCGUGACAGACCCCGUUAUCCUUGGAGUCGUUGGAGCUCUGGAAUAUGACCCCGAGUUCCCUACCCACAAGGCCAACCAUCGCCAAUACCUUGCAGACCAGACGCGUUAUAAAGAAGUGGUUCCUAUCAAGGAUCCGCUCAUUCGGCGCAAGAUCCGAUACACUUGGCGCCUACAGUACCUCAAGGACGUGGUGUUGGCUAGGAUCCUCGAUGAUCCUACAUUUUCGGUGCUGAACUCGUUGAUUUUUUUCAACCAGGUCGAAAUCGUAAAUCACAUACAGUCCAAUGCGCCGUUUUUGAAAGAACUCUUCACAGUCUUCGAUCCCAGAAACGCCGACAACAAGCGCAAGGAAGACGCAGUCCAGUUCCUUCAUCAAUGCGCAGUCAUCGCAAAGAACUUGCAAGCGCCGGCGCGUGCUAAUCUCUUUGCCAAUUUCAUCAACCAUGGCCUCUUCGCCGUUAUCGCAUUCGCUAUCAAACACCCCAAGCCGCCUCUGCGCACCACGGGCAUUGAUCUUCUGGUGUCUCUCCUCGACCACGAUCCAAUCAUGAUGCGCGGGUACAUGCUUAAGGCUGUCAGCGAGAAGAAAACGCCUCUUACAGAUACUUUGAUUGACCUGCUGCACACGGAAUCUGACCUCGGAGUCAAGAAUCAACUUGCCGAUGCGAUUAAAGUACUGCUAGAUCCACAAAUUCCCUUGCCGGACGCCAUGGGUCGGGCUGGCCCCGAGCACUUCAACAAGCCACGUUCCAACAUCUUUUCGGAUACUUUUGUUCAGAACCAUUUCGAUGAGUCUUCAAGGAGGCUAUUUUGGCCUCUGAAGCGACUCGAGGGCCGCGAAACUCUCAAUGACCUUACAUUCCAAGACGUGACACUGUACUCGCAUCUUGUCGAUAUUCUUACAUUCUUCGUGCGCCAGCAUCUGUACCGUUCACGCAAUGUUAUCCACGACGAAUCCCUUGCACCCCGGAUUGCUCAAUUACUCACCGUGCCCCAGAAGCAUCUGAAACUGACUGCCUUAAAGUUCUUCCGCACCUUGGUUAGUCUCCAAGAUACUUUCUACCAAGCCAUGAUCACUCGCAACAACACGUUUGGUCUUAUUCUCGAUAUUGUCUACCAGUCGAUGCCACGGGACAACCUUCUGAAUUCGGCCUGCCUUGAACUCUUCGAGUACAUCAAGCGUGAGAACAUCAAACCAAUUGUCCUGCACUUAGUGGAGAAAUAUGGCGAGCAGAUCAAGAACAUCACAUACGUGGAUACGUUCCAAUCUCUUUACUUGCGCUACGAGCAAUUGCAGGGCUACGGCGCAGUGGAGGCGGACUCCACCCUGUACUCCCAGGAAGAAGACUUGCCUAAUCAGAGGAUGCAAGCCAAUGGAUCGCGCUGGCAGGGAGUUAAGGAGAUGGAUGCUGCAGAAGAAGAAUACUUUAACACUUCCGACGAUGAGGAGCAUUAUCCUCAACAGAACACAACAAUCUCCGCACACCCGCAGAAUGGCGCAGCAUCGCCUGUCGUGAAGCCUUUAGUCGAUUAUCCGGAUGACGACGACGAAGAUGAUGCCAUGGAUACCAAGCCUGAAGACCAGACGCACCAAAAGCAAGAAUGCUCACCGCAGGCUCUCACUCGAGACACGAUCAUGGACUCGCUUGAGGAGUCACCCUCCACGCCCGUCGCACUGACGCUCCAGACCCCUCCCGAAAGACUAUCGGAGAAGCGCCGACGCGAAGAGGAGGAUGACGACGAAUUGAUGAAGCUUUCAGCUGGUCCCAAGCGAAGAAGCUCCGUGAACGCAGGUUCCGGAAGUGCAGGGCUCCUGCGCCGGAAACGAAGCGUGUCCAUAGGAUCUCUUUCGUCCGGCGAGAAAGGGUCGAGUUUGGGCAACACGACCACCAGCGCAGCACCUCGACGCAUUGCGAUCAACCUGAGCUCCGCAGUGGCCAAGUCGACUGGUUCCGCAGUAGACAAGACGAACAACGAAAAGGAGAACCGAGACGAUAACAAUGACAGUCAGGGUUAA